AACAAAAAGAAUGUCUCCCAAACGUGCCAGCGCUCGUAAUCUUCCAAAAUCAUGAAACUUCUUUAUCAUCCGUGCCAUAUACUUAGCAUGAACUUUGCAGCAACCAGCUCUUGAGUAUGAACCACACCCCUCCAGCGUAGACGGUGAAGAAAUGUUCCGCGCUUCUCCUUGGGUGUCAUACGAUCCCAACUCGGACGCAGCCACAGGAGGUCAAGGUUCUUCUCGCUCUUUUGCUCCCGCCAUGACUAAGGACGUCGAAAUGGACGCCCCCCAAAUUUCUACACUGCGCGAAGAUUCGCCAGAACCAGCCCCUACCCGUACAUCAAAGUUUCGUGUGAAGCUCCUGGUGGGAGAUGCUAAAGGUGCAGGGCCGAGCGCAACUCGCACCCAGGCUCCUCAGCCCGAAAGCGAAGAUGAAGACGAGGAAGACGAAGAUGAGGAGGAAGACCAGCUUAUUGACGAUGAUGAAGAGCAGGAAAUCAAAGUGACACCUUCACCUGCGAUCUCCGUUACACCUAGUGCCCGUGGCUCUCCUUUUAAACGCGGAGUUGGUAGGGGAAGAGGUGGUGGCAGGAAGAGGGGAGCGAAAGCAGGCGCGACCGUUACGGUUCCUCCUUCUGAUUCAAUAAGUGCCAGUGGCUCAGUUACUAGUAUCUCAGCCCCUCCUGCGGCUGCCAAAAAGCGAGGCGGCGCUACUAGAGGCCAAGGACGUGGAGGGCGAAAGAGGGGUGGCGGAAGAGGGGCAAAAGCUCUUCCGUCUUUGCUCCGCGAUGAGGUGGAAAGUGUUAGUGAAGCAUAUGCAGGGACGGCAGCCUCUUCACCAAUGCCGCAUGAUGAACACAGCCCGGAGCCCGAAAUACCACCUCAGCCAAUAAUACCACCUCCUGCGCUCACCGAUAUCAACUUGGACAUUGAGAAUGUUCCAAUUCCCGUUUACCCUCUACCAUCGAAACCAUUUCCAGUGCAACCUCCACCGAAGAUCGGUUCUGGUUUCGCACCUGUAAUCCCUCUAGACAAAAGCGGUAAACCAGUACGUCGUUGGCGACAAGCAAACCGCGAAAUUCGAGGUAUUGCGGGUGGUCGAUGGUUCGUCAAGUCAUGGCUAGGAGAUAAGGAAUCUGAAUUUGCUUCUGCUUCGCAAACUGCUACGCAUGGAGCAGCGGAGAUGGCAGGGCCACCAAGUCUCAUACUUCCCAAACUUUCUGGACCAUCGAUAUCUGGAGCGGCAUCAGGGAAAACUACGCCACGGGCAAGAGCACCGAAGGCUGAUGCUGGGGGCUCAGUGACCGGUUUCUCAUCUCGAGCUGCUUCGACUGCGCCAGCAGACUCCAUCUCUGCUGCACUUCCAACCAAGAAACGCAACAUAGGGCAGAUUCUUCCUGUGCCAGAGUCAAAACCUGACACACCCGCUGCUCCUUCACCCGCAGGUACCUCUUGAUUGUUGUAGGUUUUUACACCAUUUGUCAGCUUUCAGUCCCAUUGCUUACCUUUUGCGGAUUGCUUUUCGCGACAUCCAUCCUUCGCUGUAAUUGUAGUCAUUUGCUCUCGAUGUUGUAUUUAUUCUGCGUAGAAUCAGGGCCAUAUCUGCUGUAAUAUCU